AUGGUUGGCCUAGGUCCUCGCGCUCCGCCCUCUAGAAAAGGGUCGCGGGCCGAUGUUCCCAAGUGUACCAUGGACGCGAUCCGCAAGAUCGAGGAGCUCUUCACUGUCGACACGGCCAAGCUCAAGGCAAUUACCGAUCAUUUCAUCUCGGAGCUUGCAAAGGGCCUCAGCAAGGAGGGAGGCAGCAUUCCCAUGAACCCUACUUGGGUCAUGUCCUAUCCUGAUGGCAACGAGACUGGCACAUUCCUCGCCCUCGACAUGGGCGGCACCAACCUUCGCGUCUGCCAGAUCACCCUUACCGACAAGAAGUCUGAGUUCGACAUCAUCCAGUCCAAGUACAGGAUGCCCGAGGAGCUCAAGACCGGCAAGGGCGACGAGCUGUGGGAGUACAUUGCCGACUGUCUUCACCAGUUCCUCGAAACUCACCACGGCGACAUCAAGAACAUUGGCACGCUGCCCCUUGGCUUUACCUUUUCGUACCCCGCUACGCAGCACUACAUUGACGAGGGUGUCCUGCAGCGCUGGACCAAAGGCUUCGAUAUUGACGGCGUCGAGGGCCAAAAUGUCGUCCCCAUGUUCGAGGCUGCUCUGGUCAAGCGUGGUGUUCCCAUCCAACUGACUGCUCUGAUCAAUGACACUACCGGAACGCUCAUGGCCUCGGCUUAUACUGAUCCCAGCAUGAAGAUUGGCUGUAUUUUCGGCACCGGCUGCAACGCCGCAUAUGUCGAACACUGCGGUUCGAUCCCCAAGCUUGCGGACCUGGGCCUCCCCGACGACAUGGAGAUGGCAAUCAACUGCGAGUGGGGUGCUUUCGACAACGAGCACAAGAUUCUGCCGCGCACCAAGUACGACAUCACCAUCGACCAGGAGUCUCCCCGUCCUGGCCAGCAGGCGUUUGAGAAGAUGAUUGCGGGUCUCUACCUGGGCGAGAUCUUCCGCCUCACCCUGGUUGACCUGCACGACGAAGAGCACAUCUUCGACGGACAGGACAUUACCCCUCUCCGCAAGGCCUACAGCCUCGAUGCUUCCUUCCUUUCUGCCAUUGAAGAGGACCCUUUCGAGAACUUGCAGGAGACACUAGACCUGUUUGCCAACAAGCUGCAGAUCAAUGUUACCGGCCCGGAGCUUGAGCUUAUUCGACGCCUCGCUGAGCUCAUCGGUACCCGUGCAGCCCGACUUUCUGCCUGCGGUGUCGCUGCUAUCUGCAAGAAGAAGAACUUCAAGACCUGCCACGUCGGCGCCGACGGCUCCGUCUUCAACAAGUACCCUCACUUCAAGGCCCGUGGAGCGCAGGCGCUCAAGGAGAUUCUCGACUGGCCCGACAAGACCGACCCCAAGGCUGAGGACCCGGUCGAGAUUCUUGCCGCUGAGGACGGCAGUGGUGUAGGUGCUGCCCUGAUUGCUGCGCUGACGCUGAAGCGUGCGCAGCAGGGCAACUUGGCUGGCAUUCUUCACCCUGAGCGGUUCAAAUAA